AUGAAUGUUCAAAAUUACUUUGAGAAGAAGAUGUGGGUAUGUGUUUCUGAGGAAUCUGAUGAGAAAUUGCUAGUUAAGAAGAUCCUUGAAUGUGCAACUAAUGAUGCAGUGCCUAAUUUAGAACUAGAACAAAUGCAUAAUAGUCUUAAAAGGAAUUUAGAAGGGAAGAGGUGUUUGCUGGUCCUAGAUGAUGUAUGGAAUGAAGUUAAGGAAACAUGGGAUAGUUUGAAAGAUUACUUGUUAGUGCGUGCCCCAGGAAGUACAGUUUUAGUCACCACUCGUAGCACAAGAGUUGCAUCAACCAUGGGUGUGGAUAUCCCAUAUGUUUUGCAGGGUCUAACAGAAAAUGAAGCUUGGGAUUUAUUUAAAAAACUAGCAUUUGGAGAGGGGCGUGGUGUAGCGAAUCCUAACCUAAUAAAAACUGGAAAAGAGAUGGUAAAGAAAUGUAAAGGAGUUCCACUUGCAAUAAGGAGUUUAGGAAGCCUCAUGCAUUUGAAAACUGAAGAGAAAUUGCCAAGAGAUAUCAAAAAAUUGAUCAGGCUUUGGUGCCUCAUGAUUGAUGGAUGUGAGAAUCUACGAUGCAUGCCAAUUGGAUUGGGAAAACUAACUUGUUUGCGUCAACUAUCAGAUUUUGUGGUGGCAUGGGAUAAAGGCUCUUCAAGGGCUGUGCUAAAUGAAGUGAAUGGCCUAAACCAACUUAGGGGAAGGAUCGUACUCCGAAACCUUGAAAAAGUGGAAAAUGUUGAGCUACAGUCCAAGCAAGUGAAUUUAAGGGAAAAUAAACACCUUCAGUCUUUGGUGUUAUGUUGGGCAAAGCUUCCUUCUCUUUUGGCUGUGGAUGAGGGCCCUUCUGAUAUUAUUGAAGUCGAAAAGAGUGAAUUAUUGUUAGAAAAGCUUGAGCCUCAUCCAAAUUUACAACACUUGACUGUGGAACAUUUCAAGGAUGAGGUGCCUUGCUUUUGGGCAUCGCCAUCAAUUACAUUUUUCCCGUCACUGCAAGAGAUUCAACUCAAACAUUGCACUAGUUUGAGAGGAUGGUGGAGGAGGAAUGGAGUUGAACUUGCCUUGUCUUUCAAAAUUGAUAAUGAAGAAUUGCAAAGAUUUCACUUUCAUGCCCCUGUUUCCAUCUCUCCAUCAAGAGCUCCGCUAGGAACAUGCCAAAGCAAGGUUGCUACGUGA